AGAAAAACGGGGGGUAUGCUGCGCUCUAACUGAGGGUGCGCUUAAUUAGUUCAGGUACCAGUUCUGCGAGAAAAGAGAAAAGGUGGUGUCCAUCAUCAAACGACGCUAACAUACGCCCAAAGGUACGCGAUUGUCUCUCACACGAUUUUGUUUCUCAGCUAUCUCGAUUACUUCCUGGGAUUUUUCAUUUUCUUUUCUGAUUUCACCGGAAAAGAUGGGUACUGCUGAACCUGAUCUAGAAGAACUAUUUGAACAGAAGAAAAGGGUAAAAAAUCCCUUCGUCCCCUUAGGUGCCUUUAUAACUGCUGGGGUUCUGACUGCUGGUUUAAUUAGUUUUAAAAAAGGGAAUUCUGAGAUGGGUCAGAAGCUAAUGAGAGCUCGUGUUGUUAUUCAAGGUGCUACAGUUGCUCUUAUGGUUGGGUCUGCUUACUAUUACGGGGAGAGUAUUUACAAAUUCCCCAGAAGGGAUUAAAACCGCGAAACAAGGCUUCUCAAUGACCUUCCUUUUGCUUGUUUCAUUAUAGGUGAUACUUAUAAACUCUUUCAGUAGGAUUACUUGGUUAUUGUAUCACUUCAUCGUCUUCAUACUAUCCACAUUCUUACCUCGUUGUUCUCAGAGGAAAAUGUACUCAGAGAAGGAUGCAAAGAUCUGAGGAAUGUAUAAGAAUGAGUAACUAACUCCGUUUUUUUGAUCAGUGAGUAACUAACCUGUACUCUUUUUCUGCUUAUUAAUAAAGGAAGUUGAUGAUAUUCUUUGCUUUGUCA